UUUGCAGCAGAAGGUCAGAGAGCCUAAUCUUGGAGCAAAGCUGUUCACUGGUGGCGUCGCUGUGCAAAAGACUGGUACGGAGAUCGCCACGGCUUUGAAUAAUAUGGAUGUGAGCAGUGAGUAUGCAUUGAAACUACGGCAUGAGAUUGAAGAACAAUGUGCUGAGGUGUUUCCUGCACCAACAGAUAGAGAGAGGGUCAAAUCCUGUUUAUCUGAAUUGAAUGAGAUGAGCAAUGGUUUUAAGAAGGCCUUGAAUAUCGGCUUGGAACAACUAGUGGCUACUGUGACACCUCGAAUCCGGCCAGUGUUGGAUACUGUUGCAACAAUCAGCUAUGAGCUGUCAGAAUCUGAAUAUGCUGACAACGAGGUAAAUGACCCAUGGGUUCAAAGGCUUCUCCAUGCUGUAGAAAGCAAUGUGGCUUGGCUUCAGCCAUUAAUGACUGCUAACAAUUAUGACUCGCUUGUGCAUCUGGUCAUUGACUUUAUUGUUAAGCGGCUUGAGGUUAUCAUGAUGCAAAAAAGAUUCAGUCAACUUGGAGGUCUUCAACUUGACAGAGAUGUUCGAGCUCUUGUCAGCUACUUCUCAAACAUGACCCAGAGGACUGUUAGGGACAAAUUUGCUCGUCUAACCCAAAUGGCUACAAUAUUAAACUUGGAGAAGGUCUCUGAGAUUCUGGAUUUCUGGGGUGAAAACUCAGGACCCAUGACCUGGAGACUUACUCCAGCUGAGGUUAGAAGAGUGUUGAGUUUGAGGGUUGACUUCAAGUCUGAAGCAAUAGCGGCUCUUAAGUUGUAACCCAUGGUUUAUUUUGUUCAAUAUUUCUUUAUAUGCUGUUACAAUGCUACAUUUUGUAUUUUCAGGUUUAUUUAACUUCCGUAAGAGAUUGUAAUGGGCAUGAAAUCUUUGAAAUAUAGUUCAGUGCUUUCCAUUUUCA